UUUAAAAUUCUUAUACUCGUACAAUCGAAGCCAACAUGAUGAUUUUUUGGGCGCGCUGACGUUUGAUUUGGAACCGGGAGCAGGCUGAAAUCUUAAACAUUGAAAACUAUAAAAGUGAUAUUUUCACUGCAUUUUUUUGUGUUUACAAUACUGAGUUUUAAGACUUACCAAACAAUGACGUCAUAAUAAUUAUAUAUUAAUGACGUCGAUGACGUCAAACCAUAGCAACGACGUCAGUAUGAAAUCAACAACAAACGGGCGUCAUGCCCCGAACACACUGCCCUCUUUUAGUAAACAAUGGAAAACUCUUCUUUAAAAUCGGGCUGGACUAAAGUUAGAUUUCGACUCAACCAAAAUACCAUACACUCUGCACUGACUUCACCGGCGAAGGAUCCCGAGUUGUCGACCUUGGUCAAGGAAGUUCAGCGACAGGUCAUUCUCUAUGGCGAAGACUACUUGCGUGCGCAGCCGGGAUAUAAAAGCCGGAAGACGGAAAUCGAGGAACUCAUAGCUAACUCAAAAAAGCAAGGUGAACAAAGCCAGCCUGACAACGGAAAUGACAUCAUUGCCGAGCGGAAGUUCAAUCGACUUGUGCGCAAGAUCUAUAAUUAUGGGACGAAACUGUUGGUGUACAAGGAAAAACGAAAUAAACGAACCAUGUGGAUUCAGCAGCUACACGCCUGA